UCCAAAAAAAAAUUCAAGACAGACAACGUGAAGGCAGCGAGGGACACGAACGUGGAUGAUCCCUGGGCAAACAACUGGAACGGCAGUUGGCCCACGACCCGGUCCGAGAGUUGAGCUGCCGAUGGACUGAAAGCCAAACGAGGACUUUGUCUCUCUGACAGACGGACAUGAUGAGAGAGACAGACGACGAGCCACGGGAGACCAACAAUGUGAUUCUGCAUCCCGCCUGUAAUCUCUGCUGUUUUUAAUCUGCUGUUUUACACUUAGUGAGUGAACGCCUUCAUCGUGCGAACUGGAAACUAACAUUGUUUGUUUUUUGCCUUUUUUUUGUAUCCACAGUUCAGCUUUUGAUUUUUAAUUGAAUUAUUAACGUUUAAAGGAAAGGUUUGCAACUUUCUAGGUGAAUGUGUAGAUUUAACUGCAAUUAAAUAUAUCAUGGAUUAUGUUUAUACAACCCGACCCUGCUACACUGUCUAAAGCCAUUCAUAUCUCAUGCCAUGUGCUAAUCAAUUGACAUUGAAAUCCACUGAUGGAACUAUCGCUCUGGUUUCAGACAGGGUUUGUUGUUAAGUCCAGUUGUCCUACGGAUUCUCACAAGAGGGGUUUGCAGCAUUCCCUGGCCUGCGAUGCACACGGGAAUGGACAGCAGCGACCCACAGGAAGACGAAAGAGGGGGCAGAGGGAAAGAGAGCGACAGAGAGAGCGGGAGACAGCUCAAGAACUACCUGGACUGUGAGGAGAAAGGAGAGAAGGAGACCAAAGGGAACGAGACAGAGAAGAGGAAAGAGAGCCGGCGCUCUGGGUUCCUAUGGAGGAGUGGAUGGGCGCUGAGCGAGAGACUGGCCAUCAACGUCUCAGGGAUGCGGUAUGAAACUCAGCUUCGCACCAUGGCCCAAUAUCCUAACUCCUUGCUCGGUGACCCCGUGCGCAGGUCACGCUACUUUGACCCGCUUCGGAACGAGCUCUUCCUGGACCGAAACCGCGCCUGCUUCGACGCCAUUCUGUAUUUUUACCAGUCGGGCGGGAAGCUUCGGAGGCCCGCGAACAUCCCCCUGGACAUCUUCAUGGACGAGCUGAUGUUCUACGAUCUGGGAGAGGACGUCGUGAACCGCUUUAACGAGGACGAAGGUUUUCCAAAAGAGGAGGAGAGCCCGCUUCCGUCGAACGAGAUCCAGAAAAGACUGUGGAUGCUGUUCGAGCACCCCGAGUCCUCAUCGGGCGCACGCAUCAUCGCCAUCAUCAGUGUCAUGGUCAUUGUGCUGUCCAUCCUCAUCUUCUGCCUGGAGACACUGCCCGACUUCAGGAAUGAGAAGGAGGCCCGGGAGGAAUAUUUUUACAAGUACCACACGGAGGCAAAGAACGUAUCUGAGAACAUGCCCCUCCCACAAAGUAUUUUCCAGGACCCCUUCUUCCUGGUGGAGACCGUCUGCAUCGGCUGGUUCUCCUUCGAGCUCUUCAUGCGCUUCACUUGCUCUCCCAGCAAGACGCACUUCUUCAAGGAUGUCAUGAACAUCAUCGACUUCAGCGCCAUCCUGCCCUUUUUCGUCACUCUGGGAACCGAGCUGGCCAAGGCCGACGACGCCGCUCCGGCCACGUCGCUGGCCAUCGUCAGAGUCAUCAGGCUGGUGAGGGUGUUCAGGAUCUUCAAGCUGUCUCGCCACUCUAAGGGCCUCCAGAUCCUCGGUCAAACACUGAGGGCCAGCAUGCGCGAGCUGGGCCUGCUCAUCUUCUUCCUCUUCAUCGGCGUCAUCCUCUUCUCCAGCGCCAUCUACUUUGCCGAGGCCGACCACGAAGACACGUACUUCGUCAGCAUCCCGCACACCUUCUGGUGGGCGGUGAUCACCAUGACCACGGUGGGCUACGGGGACAUGUCCCCGCAGACGGUGUGGGGCAAGUUGGUGGGCUCGAUGUGCGCCAUAGCCGGCGUGCUCACCAUCUCGCUGCCGGUGCCCGUCAUCGUGUCCAACUUCAGCUACUUCUACCACCGAGAGACCGAAUGCGUGGAUCGCACCGAGUACACUCACGCCCAGACGAGUCCGUGGGAGCACGAGGGGCCGGAAGGGCAGGAGGUCGGGGGAGGGGACGGAGAUGCAGAGGCGGAGUAUUACGCCGUGGAAGGCAGCUGCAACCCUUUGGAUGUGACUCUGCUGGCGGGGGAGAGCGCGGAGGCGGGAGCAGGCCACGUGGAUCCGAGCGAACGACUGGUUACUCGAGUGUAGUGAGGGUGAGCGUUGUGUUGUACCGUGUGACAAAGACGGGGGGAAAACAAUGACGAGGUGAAUGAAAUAGCAGAAUGAAACACAAUGAAAGACAUUUGAAAUAAGUAAAGCUCUAAAUAUAACACUAAUAUGCCUGUUCAGUAUUUUUUAUUGCCUCUCCUUGUUCACUUAUUAUGAAAGCACUAGCGAGCCAGAUGCUGCCGAAAGAAAACCUUUUGUAUAAUAUAGCUGAAGCUAAAGGAGAGUGAGCUUUACAUUAUCAGGGUCUUGAUAUAUAUAUAUAUAUAAUAUGAGUGAUUAUUUAUUAAUGCGAAUAGAACUUGUGUUUGAAAACAAUUACUUUCUUAAUGUUUGUUGUGCACCGUGAAACUAUAACGUCUUAGUAAUGUCACUUUUUGGUGAGAUGUUUGAAGUAGAAGCAGAUAGAUUAUUCACAAUAUAGACGUCAGUUUCAUCAAAACUCACCCAAACACCAGCAGAGCCGAUAAACUCUCGUAAACCAACGCCACAUUCUCAUCGUCAUUCUUCUGUACAAAGUUCUCAUUUGAGUGACUGACACGACCUUCAUCGUGCUAUCAUAGCUGCUGCAUGUGUUCAUUGCAAUAACAAAACCUGCUUGAUGACGCACACAGUGUUUUUAAUAAAGAUAAUAUUUUAAUAAUUUUCUGAAAAGAAGUGGAAUUUAAUUAUUAUUUAGGGAAAUGAUGCCACUGGGGAAAAAAAAUCACAUUUGCCUUUUAUAUAUGUUAUUUUAGAAUAUAAAAUACAUAAAAUCUAAGUCUCUGCGUGGAGCUAAACUGUUACACGAAUGGUGAAAAUCAUUAAUGUUUAAUUUGUUUUGUUUUGGGUGGAAUUGUGUUCUCGGUUUAUAUACUGCUGGUUGGUCAACAAUAUUUAAAACAUGACUUGCAAUACUGAGCAGGGUUUACAUUGUGAAAUUUGUUUUCUAAACAAGGAGGAGAUGGGGGCUCAGAGUAAAAAUAUAUGUUUUGCAAGAAUAGCAUUAAUGGUGUAUUUAAUUAAUCCAAUUACAUUGCAAUCAAAGUCAUAUUUAGUUCACAUAACAGAGAUAAUGUGUGACGUCUCUUGUGUUCCAUAUUGAUGUAUUAUCAGGAGUGAAGCUGUGAGUAUAAUUCGGUGGUAUUGUACCUUUCAGGUAAAUUCAAACCACCAAUCUUGUCAAAUAUAUUAAUAGUUCAACCUUCUCCAUCCAGCCGUAUUCUCAACUCGCUUCUCCUUGAGCACAUUUGAUCCAAAAUGUUAUUAUUUUAACCCUCCUGUUAUGUUAGUUUCUCAGCCACAGCAAUGAUGUUCCCGGGUCAACGUGACUCGGUGUUUGUUUAAUCAUCCAAAAGUUGUCAGAAACCAAAACAUCCAAUAAAUAUAGUUUGUACAUCAUCACCAACACAAUUACUAACCAUUAAAUCAUUAUUUAGUGGAAUUGAGCUAUUCACCCCUCCAUGGAUCAUUCUCGUUUUCAUGAAAAAUACAUCUUCAAACUAUUUUUUAAGUACAUUCGAAAAACCUAGAUAUAAAUUCCAUUAGUCCAUAGCAUGUAUUUUUUCAAAAAUGUUACUGAGAUUUUUUAAACUUUCUUUUUCCCUGGGGUGGUGUAGAUGAAUACAGAUGAGACGCCUGUGCUGAUCAGGGUCAUACUGACCCGCCCACUCAAAACCAAGCCGAAUGAGUCAUACUGGUUUGUUUUGAACUUCAACUUUAUUUAUGUUAAUUCAUCGUGUUAUUUGUCGAACUACUUUCUGUAUUGAGUUUGGAAUCACCAGCUCAAAAGCUGACGUGAUGUCUGUGACAUGAGUCACUGCCAUCCUGGAGGGGCCUGGCGCUGGCUUCAGAUUAUAUCCGUCAGUCAGUCUCAACUGACGUGUAUUGGGUGAGGAUGACAACUCUAAUAAAUACUUUUUGACACGAAUGUCUCGCUUGGAGGAACAGGUAUAUCUUCCUUUCCUCAUCUGAUGGUUCAUAAUCAGUCGGCCUACCAUUAUAAUUAAAAUUUACCUCAAGAUGGUCUUCAUUUUCAAACACACCGUCCUCUAUUUCACUGUCGUGAUGAAGGAAGUGCUGAAGAUCCUCCGGGGCUGUCACCCUUCUGUUUCUGUUGCUCAGGUUGUCUCUCAGUAAGCUGCUGAGCUGUGUGUAUCUGUGUGUAUCUGUGUGUAUCUGCAGAGUGUAACGUUGGUAGGUCUCCCAAGCAACCCGUUUGUAUGUUUUUGCCCCUCCCUGCAACGUGUGGGAAGAGUUUUCCCACGGGAAAAUAAAAGGUUCCAGUCAAAUUA